AUGAGCAGCGGAGCGGCCGUUACGGCCGUCAGCAGGGAUGGCGGAGCGAGGUCGGCAUUGGCAGCCGCCCCUGCCGCUUCCGCCUCCGCUAACCGCGGAUCGCCCGCUGUUUCCGCUCCCGCCGGCUCCGCGGGGGGAGCGGCGGAGGUUGAGGUCGAUCCGAACACGACGCUACCGGUGCCUGUGCAGACGGACAGUCUACCCGCAAUGCCUGAAACGCGCCCCGUGAUCGAAGACGUGCCGCACCUCGCGAACUGGAUCCCCGAUCUCCGGCUGUAUCCAAGUCCGCUGCAGCGCAACCCCGCAUACGCGCACGUGGAGACGUUCUUCGUGGAGGAGGAUCAGGUGGUGAGUCGCGAGGUCAUCACAUCCAUCAACAACAUCGGCACCGGCGUCUUCUUCCGCAAAGCUGGCCCCAGAGAAAAGAUCGUGUUCCACCCGGACGAGGUGCGCGCGGCGAUCGUGACGUGCGGCGGGCUGUGUCCGGGCAUCAACACCGUCAUCCGCGAGCUCGUGUGGGGGCUCUGGUUCCAGUACGGCGUGCGCGACAUCCUCGGGAUUGACGGCGGGUACCGCGGGAUCUACUCGCGCAACGUGGUAUCGCUAAACCCCAAGGUGGUGAACGACAUCCACAAGCGCGGUGGCACGUUCCUGGGCACGUCGCGCGGCGGGCACGAGGUGAACAAGAUCGUCAACGCGCUCGAGGACCGCGGUAUCAACCAGAUCUAUGUGAUUGGAGGGGACGGCACGCAAAGAGGCGCCGAGAAAAUCCACGAGGAGAUAGCAGCGCGGGGGCUGAAGGUGACGGUGGCGGGAAUACCCAAGACGAUAGACAACGACCUGGCGCUGAUUGACAAGUCGUUUGGGUUUGACACGGCCGUGGAGGAGGCCCAGCGCGCCAUCAACGCCGCACACGUGGAGGCCAGCUCCGUGCACAACGGCGUGGGGCUCGUCAAGCUCAUGGGCCGCUUCUGCGGUCAAAUCGCCAUGCACGCAACACUAGCCAGCCGAGACGUGGACUGCUGCCUCAUCCCCGAGGUGCCGUUCCACCUGGAGGGCGACGGGGGGCUGUUUGAGUUCCUCAAGCGGCGCCUGCGGGAGAGCGGGCACGCCGUGCUAGUGGUGGCGGAGGGUGCGGGGCAAGACAUCAUGGCCGAGGCACUGGAUCUCCAGCUCUCCCCUUCCGGCUCCUCCUCCUCCUCUCACUCCCCGUUCUCCUCGUCCUUUGCUGCGUCCGCUCCCUUCCCGUCGGCGUCCUCGCCAAGCGCGCACGCGGGAAUGGGGGGCGGCGGGGGCGGGAUGGGCAUGGGCAUGGGCAUGGACGGGAUGGGGGGAGGGGGGACGGCGGCUGUGACGGCGGCGGCAGUGGCGGCGGCUGCGGGGGGGAUGGUGACGGCGGCGGGGGGGGCCAGGAGAGGGCUGACUGACGAGUCGGGGAAUGCAAGGCUGAUGGAUAUUGGGCUCUGGCUGUCCCAGCAGAUCAAGGCGCACUUUGCCAAGUCUCGCAUUGAGCUCAACCUCAAGUACAUUGACCCCACGUACAUGAUUCGAGCAGUGCCGGCGAAUGCGAGUGACAACAUCUACUGCACGCUUCUGGCACACAGCGCCAUCCACGGCGCCAUGGCGGGCUUCACUGGCUUCACCGUCGGCCCCAUCAACGGCCGCCACGCCUACAUCCCCAUCAAGUGUGUGUCUGAGAAGAGCAACACAGUGUCUUUAACAGACCGCAUGUGGGCGCGGCUGCUGUCGUCCACGAGCCAGCCCACGUUCCUGCGCUACGACGACCACCACCUUCACCACCAGCAGCGCCUGCUGCAGGCGCAGCAGGAGCACCGCCAGGCGCUGCGCGAGCGCGAGGGCGACGAGGAGGGGCGCCUGCUGGGACCGAGUCGGCGGGAUCAGAUCAGCGAAAUGGACGGCAGCCGGGGCAUGGGCGGGGGUGGGGGGUGGGGAGGAAGAUGA